GGCAGGAAGGGGCCGGCCACCAGCGGCCCGGGGACCCCCCGCGGCUGCAGAAGCCCCUCGGGCUGGGCCCUCCAGGGACCCCCCGGGGCCGGCCCGGCCCAUAAAGCCCGCGGGGGCUGCCUCCGCCGGGCAGGGCGGGAGCGGCCGCGCGGCCUCGGGCGGCGGGAGGCACCUGGGAGGAAGGAGGGGCGGAAGGUGGGACCGGCCCGGCCCGCCCCCGCCCCGCAGCCGCCCCGGCAGCGGCCCCGGCCCGCCGCGGCGGGGAUGCCCGGCUGGGAGCGCGGCGGGCAGCGGCAGCUCCGCCAGGAUGAAGAAGCACCAGCACUCGGUGCAGGGCACCUUCAGCCGCCUCUUCGGCAAGCGCCACGCCAGCCCCGCCGCCGCUUCCCUCUUCGCCACCAACCCGCCCUGGAUCUUCACGCAGGAGGUGACCUCGGACAGCGCGGGAGGCACCGGUGAUGUGAUUGAAGUGUACUAUGGCGACAAUCGCUUUGGGACAAUGACUGACUCUGGCACAGCAACGCUUAAACCUCGUCCAAGAGUCCGGCCGCUGCUGACUUUCUUGCCCCUUAAUGCCCAAGAAUCCCACGGGGUGGCUGUGCCAACGCCAUCGGUGCCAGAAGACUUUGAGGAAAAAGCAGCUCUUGGCUCUGGCUCCCAGAUCAAUGGGAACUACCGAAUGUACAGCUCGGUGGGGGACCUGCGCCCACAGGCUCUCGAGGGGGAUGAUCUGGAUGAAGACAUCCCUCCGCCACCAUCGGUACCCCCACCGCCCCCUCCAACGGCACCAGCACCUGCACCACCGCCUCCAGCCUCGCCGGUCCCUCCACCACCCGAUAUGCUGCCUCCACCACCACCACCACCUGAGAUGGUGCCACCACCUCCUGCCAUGGCACCUCCACCACCUCCAGCUUCUGCCCUGUCCUCCCCCAGCACACCGGCUCCUCCAGAUUUCAUCCCACCAGCCCCACCGGGUGCCCCGCAGCUCAGCCAGGCCCCAGCAUCCUUCACCACCAGCAUUUCCAAGUGGAAGUCUGAGACGGUGCUGAACACGCGGCAGGCGGAUGCCGAGGGGCCGCUCUGCCCCGCUGAGGCUGGGGUGCCGGCUGCCCCUGGCCCAAAGGAGAGUCUGCAGCCCAAGCACUGUCCCGAGCCCCACCUCACCUUCCCCAGGUCCUUCAAGGUGCCCCCCCCAGCCCCAGCCCGGUCCUCCUCCAUCCCUGUUCAGGAGAGCCAGCCUGCCCGGCAGGAGCCCUUCCAGAAGCAGCCUCACGCCCGGCCUCCCCUCCCGCCCUGCUUCACCAUAAGACCCGCGGCCAAGGCUCACGCCGGAGGAGAAGCUGAGCAGAGAAAUUCCCCGCUCAGACAGGCCGUCGCGAAGCCGGCAGUGCCGACACCCCUGCCACUGAGCCCCAAGCCCAGUCCAGGGCUCAGCCAAGGGACGAAUCCUGCUGGUCACCGGUCCCCGCUGCCAGGCUCUGAGGUGGAGAAAGUUCCCCAGCCAAAAACAGCCGAGAGAGAUUCUCCUCCAAAAUCCGAAUCUAUCUCUGCGAAUGACCUGGACCUCCCCCCUCCAGACUACCCCACCUGUGAGGACGACUGGAGGGACGCCAGCAACCUGAGCAGGCUGCGGCACGAGCUUUCAGCCCUCCUGCGCUCCCCACGGAGGGAGGAGAGGCCGACAGAGAAGCCAGCGGCUCCCCAGCCUAUGGACGGCAGUACCGACCGCCCUGGCAACCAUGAGCCCAGUCUCAAUGGGCCCAAACUCGCUGGACCUGCUGGGAAGGACACACAGGUACCCACAGGAGGGCCGAGCGAGAAGACAGAAGUGCCCAGCAGCCCCUCCAGUGCCAAGGGGGGCUCUCCUAGCACAGCGCUCCCUGCUCCGGAGAGCAACCCUGCCACGCCGACCUGCAGCGUGAUGAAAAUCAGGAACGAGCUGGAGGCUGUGCUGGCCCUGAAGAAAGAUGGGAAACCUGCCCUGGGGCUCGGCAGCCAGAAGCAGGGCACCGAGGAUGGCGGCAGCACCCCGCGUCUGAGGAAGAGCCCCCCUGACCUGAGGAAGAGCCCCCCUGACCCAGUUGACUCAGUGCUGCCAAAACCAGCCCCAAGCCCACUCCCAGCACCAGCAGCUGCAGAGGAGAAGGAUGAGACAGGGCACAAGGACCAUCCUGCUCCAGCCGCUAGCAAGGCCACAGAGAACUUGAUCCCUGCUCCCGGGUCCCUUGACAGCAGCGCGAGCCCCCCAGAGCCACCUCAGGGACCGGCAGAGGAGCCCCCUGCUCCCACCUCUCCCUCGCCCCCUACUUCUCCUGCGCAGAGCCCAGCACCGCAGCCCAGCGCAGCCAUCUUCCAGUACAAAGUGCACCGGGCUGGGGCCAGCUCAGCCGAAACACCUUGUGCCUCGGGCUCAGCUGAACCACCUUGUCCCACCAGCACAGCCAGGAGCCCGCCGGCUGCCUCGGCAGCAGGGCAAGAGGAGGUGCUGAUCCACCCGGUGACGGGCGAGCGGGUGGAGCGAGGCUCCCCCAUGGCCCUGCUCCUGGCUGCCCGGCAGCGUGCCCAGCGGGGCCGGCAGGGUGGCGAGGUGGGAGCUGCGCUGCGGAUGAAGCCGCCCGUGAAACUCAGCAGUGCCUCGUCGGACACCACCUCCACCAGCUUCUACCGUCACGAGUCGAAGCCCUACUCCUUCACCGUGGUGCCUCGGCCGCCCAUGGCGGGUACAGCAGGGUCAGAAUGGAGCAAGCCUCCAUCCUUCUCCAGCUCCUCGGAACAGGGCCGGGACGUGCGAGCAGUAGCUGAGGCGCAGCCCCUGAGCCUCCCUGGCCACCAGCGGGCCACUGCCUCCAGCCUGCUGCGGGGCCUCCUCGAGUCCGGGCGGCCAAACCAGCCUGGCUCAGCCCGCCAUGGUGUGCCCAGGGAGGAGGAGGAGAAUGGGGAGACGGCGCUGGACUUUGGGAUCAUCCCCCCGCCCCCUGAAUUUAGCAACGAGAGGGACGAGGCCGAGGGGCCCCUCAUGAGUCGGGAGGAGAACCGCAAGUGCCCCAGCUUCCCCGACUGCAGCCGGGGCUCGGAGGCACCACGGUACUUCAGGUGGCCUGGCUAUGGCCGUGGCUACGGGGGCAGCCGUGAGCCGCCAGCCCCGCUGCCCUCAGAGAAGAGCAGGAGGAAUGGCGACUUCACGCACCAGUACCCAGACUACAGCAGCUCUGCCGGUUACUUUGGCCGCUGCCCGAACCCCCGGCCACUGAUCAAGAAGCGCCUGUACGUCUCUGAGCCCGACAGCUCCUACCCCCGGGCAGCUGCAGCCCCCCGGGCCACAGGCACCCUCUCCUACAGCGCCGGGGGAUACAGCUCCCCGGCCGGGGAGGGGGUCCGCCGCCUGGGGUCUGCCCAGAGGAAUGGCCCCACGAGCACACAGGGCAGGCGGACAUCCAUGGAUGCCGCUGGGAAGGUCGUGUCGUACGGCAGCACUGCAGCUGACGCCAAGUACAAGGGGCAGAACGGGGAUUUCUCGCCCGCCGGUGCAGUGGCAGCCAGCAGACCUGCCCAUGGCAGCCCACAGUACGGCGGACCCACCAACACCUUCACGGUCAGGCCUGGGGCACGGCAGCCCAUCUCCUAUGCCUACCAGAGUGGCCACCGAUAGGCUUGUCUGCAGGAUGCUCCACCACCUUUGUCUGGCUGGGAGAGGGAGAGAAGGUGCCUGGUGGGUUGUCUCCUUCUCCGUGAGCACCAGGGAUGGUCCCAACCCAGCCAGCAAAUGCACUGCUUGAAACUACUGAUGGAGAAGGUGGGGAGUGAACCUGGGACUUGGACUCUUCUCAAGAGACUGUCAUGGAGAGUAGUUACCACAGAGGACCGGCUGCUGUCUUGUUACGUGAGCAAACGCGGUUUCCCUUCUCCUAUUUCACCCUCUGUAUUAUUUUCAAAAUUGCAGCCUGAUAGUUCUUCUAAGUGUAAAAAAAAAAAAAAAAAAAAAAAAAAAAAAGAAAAAAAGGCAUCCUUAGCCUUAGUUCUCUUUAAAGAGCAUCACCACUGGAGAGAUUGUUUUCAGUUUGGGUUUGGUUUUUUUUUUAUUUUAAUUGGUUUAAAUCCAGCAUUCUUGGGAGUAGGGAGAAACCAACUGGGAGAUGUGCAUAAUGGAAGCAAGCCAGUGUAUACCUAAAUGUAGGGGAAUUAAAAUAAGAAUGUGAGGCCAAUGGAAUAGAAAUAGAGUUUAGGAUGUCUAGAUCCUAACCUCUACUGUCCCCACCUCCUUCAAGAGCCUUGAGCAAAUCAAUUACUCCAAUGCCUUAAAAACAGCUGCCGGCUCUCUGUGCUGGCCCUGCGGAGCUGGGGGCAGCUCCGCCACUUCUCCAGGGAGCGACCGCGGGGAGCUCCGGGAGAGCGGGCACUUGCUUUUCUGCCCCUUUUAGUCACUGUAAAUGUUUCUGUUGAUAAUUGUUGUUCCUCAUGGAGGAAGGCUGUGAGGCCUGGAUGGAUGGCUGCAGGCUGUAAAGCACUUUGGAGCCUUAAGACCGAGCAGUCCUUCUCUUCCUGUGUCAGCUGGUGGGUGUCAGCGACCCACCACAACAUGGUGCUUUCCUCGAGGGGGUCUCUUGCCACUUCGUACCCGCAUCAACCCCAGCUCCAAAAGCUAAGCCACGUAGUCCUUAUAUACUGUUAAACUGAGACUUGGCUUUAGUUUGUCUGAUUUGGGGGACUGAGAAGUUAAUUUUGGUGUGAUUGUAGAGUAUUUGGUGCUCUUGGCGCGUGGAGCGUCUGACAUGGCGAAGGGACCUGGCUCCUGCUGUUCCCACAGGCGCUUGCCCGGUGCUGGGCAUGGGUGCAAGCCCUUCUCUGCCUCCUGCCAGCGCCCCCGAGGAGUGAGUGAUGGCUGCGUGGUGGGGUGGGAGAUACGAGGUUAUUCUAUACUACAGAGCGAGCAGUACAGUCUCACCAUAGCUGAGCAAAGUUUGGAAUAGCCAGCUUCCAGAAACUACAGCUAUAUAAUCUUCCUCAUAGGUGAACUUGCUGAAAAUCACUGUAAGAUAAGUGUAAAAACUUGUAGAGAAUGUUUUCUAAUUACUGACAAACUACAAGCACUUUGAGACAUUAGUCUACUUCUAUGGAAAGCACUUUCUAUUUUCCGUACUAUACAAUAUCGUUAGUUCCACUCCAACUUAUGCCGCAUUGCACGCGUGUGUGUAUGGGUGCGUGUUAGCAGAUUUUGCUCUACAAUUCAACUCAAAAUUCAGUGAUAAAUUUUCCUUCAUGGUGGAAUUUUCAAAAGAGUUAUCUUGAUAUUAAUGUCAUGUCUUUGUCGUUCUGCAUUUUAUGUUAUUUCCAACUUUACCUAAUAAUUUAACAGCUGUUUCAAACAUUGCAGCAGCUUCAAAGUACUCUGAACUUUACUUUGUUGUGAAUAAAAGGAAAAGGCAAAUACCCUAAUCGGUCUAAUAGCUAAUUCAAAGGGCAUUUUUAUGCCAGUAAGUCGCAGAGACUUGGAAGAUUUCCAUUCAUGCUCACCCCUGCCAGUAUUGAAAUAACACGUUUUAAAUACCUGGUUGUUGACUUUUAAAAAAAAUUGAUAGAGAAAAGUGACUAUGGAGUAGCUAUCCAGGUAUUUAAGUGUGCCAGUGUCAUGUAGAAUACCCCCCCGCCCCCCGUUCCAGCCCCUUAAAAUGUGGAAGUUUCUCCUUGGGAGGAGCAUUUGGAGGAUUCUUAUUUAGCCAUGGAAGUAAAACCGUGACACUGUUUGAGUGGCUUCAGGGUCCUCUUUUAGUAUUGGAUGAAGUUUCACCAGUUUAACUUGAAACAAAACAAAGCCGCCUGUCUGAUAAUGUUGCAACCUAAUUGAUUUUUCCUCAUGAUAUUUUUUUUUCCUUCAAAAUAGUAAGUUAUAACUGCAAAUUAAUUCUCAAAAGCAGCUUUAAAUUUAAAGGCUUGUUGGGAGACUUCAGCCUUCAAGACUGACUUUGCCCAGAAAUAGGGGGACUGCUCUGAAGAGUUCUCCUAAAUUUGAGCAUAUUCCCAACACAAGUUUGCUUGGUUUUGGUUUUGUGGUUUGUGGGUUUUUUGUUUUUUUUGAAGAGCAAAAUGUGAAACUCCAGUAGUGGUACUUGCUUGAAUUUCACACUUGUUAUUUCACCCAGACACGCAAUUCAUAUGUAGUUGUAAUGUGGUGUUAGUGUGGAGCAUCUUGUUUCUAGCAGACGUGUAUUUGUUUAUGUUAAAUAUUAGAAACAUGAUAAUGUAAGUCAGUUUUAUGAAAUAGAGCCAUUAUUCAUUCAAAGAACACCCAUUCUGGGAAUGCACAGUGGGCUAAGCUGUAACUAAAUCAGGUAAGACUCUGCUCGCAGUUGUAAAACUGGUUAGGAUGAAUGUUUUAAGCAGUGGAACUAUUCUGUUCUUUGGGCCAUCCCUGCUUUUGAAUGCAUUAAGCAAAAUUCUAGUAUUUCGGUAACAACUAGCCAUUUAUGCUGGGGCCAUUGGGAACUGUUUGUGUUACAAAGAACCCACUGUCAGAGCUGUUGGCGGCCAAAGCGCUUGGGGUGGGUGAAAUCCGUGGUGAAGAGGGAGGACCGCUGGGCUGCCGGGAUGGGGAACUGCUCCCUCUUCCUCCAUCAGGUCAGUGUCAGGGCAGCACACAGAUAAACUGGGCUCCAGUUCCUCUUUCUGCUCCUUUUCCCAGCUCUCUUCCACUUUAUAAAUUUAGCAACAGAGGAGGAAACUGAGGGGCGGUCAUGGGGCAGAGCAACCUGCCCUAUUGCCCGGUCUCAGCGCUGAAAGCCAUUCUGGAUCCCGACAAUGGAAUUGCUCUCAGUCCAACCCUCUCUGGUGUAGUUUGGUCAUUCAAGUCUCGGUACAGCUUAAAUGAUCCCCUGCAGCUGCCUCUUCCUCAAAAGCACCUGCUAACGUAGUGUAACUGAUAGCUUUACUUGUAAAGUGUUGAACAGUGUCUCUUAUUUAUGACUGCCAUUGAACACCAGUCUUCUUGCAUUAAAUAU